UCCGACUCCCGUGUUUUGACUAAAACAUAAACUUAAACUUAGUGUUCAGAUUUGAGGAAAUUAUAAAUUAAAUUGUUUAUCCGAAAUGGCGGCCGCCAACAUGGAGAAGGGGGAGCUGAUGAGCCAGGUGAAGCAGCAGAUCGCUCUGGCCAACGCCCAGGAGAUGCUCUCGAAGAUGACGGAGAAGUGUUUCAAGAAGUGCAUCCAGAAGCCGGGUAAAUCACUGGACACCACCGAGCAGAGGUGCAUUUCGCAGUGUAUGGAUCGCUUCAUGGACGCCUGGAAUCUGGUGUCCCGCACUUACGGCAAUCGCCUGCAAAGGGAACAGUACAGGACCAUGGACACUGUGGAGAUUGGCAACUAGGAGUCGAGUUCAGGUCCCCGUGUAAUUAAAGCCGAAUUUAUUUUGUUCUUGA